AUGACCUAUCGCUUUGAGGGCGAUGCAUACCGGGAUGAGGUCAUGAGACGGUUAACCAGAUAUGGCCCGAAUCCUUCAACAGAGGCAGUUAUGGCAACCGUGCGCAAGUUGGAUGUGGAGAAUCGAGCGGCAUGGGAAUGUGAGUGCCGAUUGCGGAGAUUGGGGCUGUGGCCAAUUGGUCUCUCUGCCCAGCGGCAGUGUGAGUUACAGGGAGCUGAAGGUGCCGUCCUUGCUCCCCAGCAGCAGUGUGUGUUACAGGGAGCUGAAGGUGCAGUCCUUCCUCCCCAGCGGCAGUGUGUACCCCAGGGAGCUGAAGGUGCAGUCCUUGCUCCCCAGGGGCAGUGUGUGUUACAGGGAGCUGAAGGUGCAGUCCUUCCUCCCCAGCGGCAGAGUGUCCUGCAGGGAGCAGAGACCGUCAGUCUCGCACCCCAACCACAGGACAAAAUAAUGAAAGGGGAGACAGCUGGUCCCCCUCUCCACCAGCAGAGAGAGUGUCAGGGAGAGGAGCCUGAUACCCCCUCUCCCCAGCGGCAGUUUACAGUUCAGAGAGAGGAGCUUGUUACACCCUCUCUCCAGCGGCAGCCUAACCCAGCAAGGGGAGAUGUUACACCCCCCAACAGUGCAGAUGUCUCUGCACUUACAGCACAAGGAGUAGGGACAGUCGGUCCUGUUCCCCAGCCACAGAGCGGUGUAUCCAGAGGGGAGACAGUCGGUCUCUCCCUCCCACAACCAGGCUCCCACCAGGCUACUUCCGUGGUAGCACUGGCAUCAGGGCAGAGUACAGCUGGUCUCUGCCCACUCAGCAACCCACCAAGGCAGCCUAACAGUUGCCCACACAGUCGUGGUGAGGCACCUGGACAUGGACAAAGUUCUCCUCUACCCAGGUGUAGUAACCAGUUAUUGUGGGUGGGCUGUACUGCUGUUUCUGUUUUGUGGGUGGGUUGCUGGACUAACCAGGGCACUGACCGGCAGGAGGUCAGAUACCCUGUUAGUCUAGUUGGUAAAGGGGAGAAGUGUGGCGAAACCAACCUCGCCACUGUGAACUGGAGAAGCCUGGUUGCUCGCCUGCUCCCUUUGGACUAUGGCCCUGCAGGUUAAACCGUUUAUUUCCCCUGCAGAAAGGCUUAUUUGUGUGAUCUGAGUGCCAUUCAUCUAAUAAUGUGCACUCAGAUCCCAACUAUCUGGGGAUAUGUGAAAUGUCUGUGUGUUAUGUGUAAAUGUGACUUUAUGUAUUUUAAAGUGUUUUGUGUCUUUUUGCAACCAUGUGCUUAAUGGAGUCUUGUGUCUAUCCUGGGAGAAUUUAUUUGUUUCUCCGGUUCGGUGGUUUUGGUGUCUGCUGCAGUGCUUGGAGUCCUCAGGAAGUGCUAGGAGCAUCCGUUAACGGAGGUACCCAGUCGGGGUGCCAGGUGAUCCGUUACAGACACCUUCCCGUGUGUAGUCAAGUAGUCUUCAGAAACGGAUGUAAAUAUUAAAAAAAAAAUAUUUAGUUAAAAUACACUAUAUUUAAAAACAAAGUAUAUUUAUAGUUAUAUCUCACAUUCUGUUUUCUUGGAAAUGCUGACUAUAUGUUAUUGUAUUUAGCCUUCUUGACAUUUAUUCUGGACAAUUUAAUCGUUAUGGUGACUUUGUUCUAUGUGUAAAUCUGCAAUGCGUUUUACAUAAAUGUGUUUCAUAUACUGCAAUAUUGUUAUGAUGAGCAGAUCCUUAUCCGUAAAUAUAGAAGAAAAAAAAAUUCAGAAAUGUACUCUUGAUUGUUUUCAAAAUAGGAUAAUCACUUCAGACAAAUUUAACCCCUUAAAGGACCACUCUAGGCACCCAGACCACUUCAGCUUAAUGAAGUGGUCUGGGUGCCAGGUCCUUCUAGGGUUAACCCAUUUUUUCAUAAUUAUAGCAGUUUCAGAGAAACUGCUAUAAUUAUGAAUGGGUUAAGCCUUCCCCCAAAGCCUCUAGUGGCUGUCUCAUUGACAGCCACUAGAGGCGCUUGCGUGCUUCUCACUGUGAUUUUCACAGUGAGAGCACGCCAGUGUCCAUAGGAAAGCAUUGUAAAUGCUUUCCUAUGCGACCGGCUGAAUGCGCGCGCAGCUCUUGCCGCGCGUGCGCAUUCAGCCGACGGGGCGGAACGGAGGAGGAGAGAAGGAGGAGAGCUCCCCGCCCAGCGCUGGAAAAGGUAAGUUUAAACCCCUUUCCCCUUUCCAGAGCCGGGCGGGGGUCCCUGAGGGUGGGGGCACCCUCAGGGCACUAUAGUGCCAGGAAAACGAGUAUGUUUUCCUGGCACUAUAGUGGUCCUUUAAGGACACAUGACAUGUGUGACAUGUCAUGAUUCCCUUUUAUUCCAGAAGUUUGGUCCUUAAGGGGUUAAAUCUAUGUUUUCUUGUAUGAUGGACAUUUUACCAGAAAGCCUUGUAUUAACUCAUCCUGUAUGCAGACUGCCUCUGGAUUUGAGACCUCAUGCCUGUGUGUCUAAUUUGAGUAGACACUCAAAGCAUUACAUUCACUAAUUAAGCACCAGCCCACACUUUGGGACAUAACAGUGUGUCAGUGAAUGUUUGUGUGUCUGUCAUUGUAAGUCUGUCAGUGAAUGUGUGUGUCUGUCAGUGUAUGUCUGUGAGUGAGUGAGUAUCUGUUAGUGAGUGUAUGUGUCUGUCAGUGAAGGUGUGUAUCUGCCAGUGUGUGUCUGUCAGUGAAUGUAUGUCACUGUAUGUGUAUUUGAGAGUGUGUGCCUGUCAGUGAAUGGGUGUGUCAGUGUGUGUCUGUCAGUCAAACUAUGUGUUCGUCUUAAACUGGUAGGGGAGGGGCAAAUUUAGAUUGGGGGGUUGAGGGGGUUCCCGGGUUUCAUCAUGCCUAGAGCAGCACAAACCCAAAAUACACCACUGGCUGUAUACAAGUGGGUUCUAGUGAUCAUAUCUCUUAGGCAAUGCUAUGUGGAAGUGUUUUAGUUUAACCAGCUGAUGUACACAGUCAAACAGUAAAUCUUUGUCAGCAUUUGAUACACGUGCUACAAUGUAAUCCUUGAUAAAAUCAUGCAUAUCUGAUGGAGAGAUAUCCUCUGGUAGUCUCAAACAUAAAUUGUAUUUACGAAAGAAAAAAUAGUACGUAGGCGCUUCACUGAAAUUAUGACAGUUUCGUAUAUAGUGAAAAUAUACAACUAAUGGUGUAACUGGUACCCUAGUGCUUCCCUUAUGCACCAGAUAUUAGUGGUACAAUUAAAGAGACAUAUACCAGUAUAUACAGCUCCCCAAUGUGAUCACACCAAAAAUAAAUAAUAUUACCAAUAUGGAACUUGAUUCUAAUACAAACAGCGUAGAGCUUGAUUGGGAUAUAGACUAAAACAAGAAAAAAAUAAAAAACAGCAUAGUGCAAACUGUAUAAUAACUGAUAAAUAAUAAAUGAAUAUAUGACUCCCACUCACAUUGUCCAGAGCUGUACCAGGCUCUUUAAAUCAGGCUCAGGGGUGCCAAAUACUGGCUAGCGAUCCAGGUAAUUCAGGCAGAUGAAACUCCAAGUAUAGGUGCAAAAUAUAUUUAUUAAAAAAUUAUAUAAAAAAUUAUAUAAAAAAUAUAUGCACUACAGAGCACUAUGGGGGUGGAACCCAAUACAGAAAUAAAUAAAAUAUGACAAAAUUGGAGUUCCACUUACCCCUAUUUGAAUAGUAGCCCAGAGUUUAGAAAUACACAUGAAAUCACAAAUAACAGGUAUAUAAAAUAAAAGCAGACGCGUUUCGGCUAGCAGCCUUCUUCCAGUGCUUAUCUCCAUGUCCUGUUGAAUCUUCUUAUAUAGGUCCUAUCGUUACCAUUCAUCUGGAAUCAAUUUCAUACCUGCGUUGCGUCACUUCCAGUUUUGCCCGUGACGUCACUUCCGGUUUUCGGCCAGUUGGAACGCACGCUGAAACGCGGCGUUCAGGAUGUGGGUUGUUCCUUAAUGGUGUAAUUGAGUCCCCAUAG